GUGCAACCGGGUGCUGUACAAUUGCAAGAAAAUAUCAGCUUGACGCUGAUCAUGGGUUUGCCUAUUUAAUUUGGUUCUAGAGAUAGUCAACGACGACGAUGAGUGAGGAAAGCGAUGGAAGUUUCGAGAGCCUCUCCUGCCGAACAAUAAGCGCGGACUCCUACGUCAAAACGAGGUUGUGCGCUUCAUCCCCGACUUUCCUACACUCUCAUUCGAUUGUUUCUUCUUACUUUCUUAAUUCUCACUUCAAUACUUGAAACUGCAACGAUGGCUACGAUUCCUCCGAGCAUGGCACCCUCGACUGCCAAUUGGCAUUGGAAGAACAAAACCGUCACUCCUUGGGCGAAGGCGUGGUUCGAGCGCGAACUUGUUACGCUUUCGAUCAAGGGAGAAGGUUCAGAAGAGGCCGGUGUUUCAGAGGUCGUCGAUUUUGAAGGUGAUGCUGAGUUGGGUCAGCGAAAGUCGAAAUUGCUCACAAUUUAUGACUGCCGAGUGGGCCUUAAAUGGAAGGGUACUGCUUCGGAUGGCACCGAAGUCGAAGGCAAAGUGACGAUUCCUGAAGUAUCGCAUGAGAACGCCAUUGAUGGUAUCUCGAGUUACAUUUACGAAUGGUCUUUGACCACACCCUCCACUCCCACCGUAGAGGCUCUAUUCAACUUGGUCAAGGCUCGUCUACCAGUGGCGCUUGAGACCAAGUUUGCCGAGUUCCCUAGCGCAAUCAUUGAAACUCAUGGCAAGGACUUGACGGUCAGCGCCGAUACCAGUCGUACUGGCACUCCCGCACCCCCAACAUCUAAUAUUCCUGUCGCAUCUGGCGCGUCCCUCGCAACGAUUGCAGCCGCCGCCGCCAAACCUGCACCGAGGACGGAAACGAAGAAAUUAAACACUACGACGGUGUCGGUAGAUGCAAACUUCAUGGCUUCAGCUGAUGAUCUGUUCUCGAUCUUGACGGACGAGAAGAGGAUUCCUGCCUGGUCGCGUGCGCCUGCGAAGUCUAAUCCUCAACCCGGCGCUGAGUACUCAUUGUUCGGUGGUGGCGUCAAGGGUAAAUACAUAUCACUUAACCCUCCAAAAGAGAUCAAGCAAACUUGGGCACUCGAGAGCCCCACCUGGCCAACAGGUCAUUUCGCCACCCUGACCACCACAUUCGACCAGUCCUCGGAUUCUACAAAAGUGACUUGGAGCCUGGAAGGCGUCCCAACGGGUUUCGAGGACGAGAUCACACGAAACCUCCAAGGAUACUACGUACACGGCCUCAAAUCGAUUGGGUUGGGUUCUGAACUAUGAUGCGGCGAACUCCUCAACAGCGCAUGCUCGUCAACGGAAGGCAAGUCGGGUCUCAAGUUCAUUCAACCUCGGUCAAACAAAGACGGACUUAAGGAUGAAAUAGAGACGGAUAUACAGUACGAUAGGAUAGAAGUUCUUGUAUUCAGGGUCUUGAAACCCUGGACAAAUUGUACAACGAAAUAUAUACAUACAUCAUUUAAAUCAC